GCUCGCCCCCCCCUCUCUCCUCGCCGGGUCGCCGCUCCCCUCCCGUCCCUCGCCGCAAACUCCUGUGGCCUGUGGGGCUGUGGGCUGUGUUCAGCCACUCAGCCGGGAGUCGGCCAGCUGCAGUCAGCACUGCGGCGCACUGCCCCCGGGCUGCACGGUGCGCGCCCACUGCAGUUAGGCACUUCAAUCUUCAGGACGACCCGGCCAUCAGCGAUCUUCUCCAAUCCCCCGUACCUCAUCUGUCCAGCAAGUGAAUAAGCAAUGAGAAUAAUAGGCUUUGAUUUCGGUGAAGACUGCACAAUAGCAGUAUGGAAGGAAGGAAAAGGUGGAAUUGAUAUUGUAGGCACAAACACCCCUUCAGCUGUGCACUUUACGGAGAAAGAACGGAUUGUGGGGCGCAACCCAGGUAUUCCCAAGGAUAGUGACGCUCAGGAAGAAUACAACAAUGUGAGCCAGGCUGAAGCUGACAAUUUGAUAUAUGGUAUCAAGCAACUGAUUGGUGUAAAAUUUAAUGAACUUGAUUUAAAUUUUACACCUUUCUCAGUCAGAGAAGGCGAUGAUGGAUAUGUUCUUGUUGAUGUGAAUCACCAUGCCUUUAAACCAGCGGAGCUGUUAGGCAUGAUAUUCUCCCAUCUGAAAAUGAAAGCCAUGUCUUGUCUAAGGUCCAUCAAGGAGGAAAAGGAAGAGGAGAAAUGCUGCAUCGGAGUGCCGGCAUAUUUCACGGUGCCGCAGAGAAAUGCGGUAUGUAAUGCAGCAAAGAUUGCAGGGCUUGAUCCAUGGCUGCUGCAUGAGACAACAGCGACAGCGUUGGCAUAUCUGCACUACAACUCAAAGAAUCUGGGAAAAACUGAGCGAUUUAUAGCCAUCAUAGAUGUUGGGUUUUCUAGAAUGCAAAUUUCCUUUGUACAUUACAAGAAAGGUGAGCUCAAGAAAGGUGAGCUCAAGAAAGGUGAGCUUUAAGUUCUGUCAUACGGAAGUGACAGCUCUCUUGGUGGGAAGCAGUUGGAUAUGCUCAUCUUUGAGCACUUCACCAAGCAGUUACGAGAUAAACAAAAAAUCAAUGUUAUACAAAAUAAGCAUGCCCGCAUCAAGCUUUUCAAUCAGUGCGAAAGGGUGAAGAAAACAAUAUGCAAGGGUCAGUCUAAUGCAGAAAUUUUGCUUGAAAAUUUAAUGAAGGGGGAAGAAGAUCGUCUUGAGUUAACUAAAGCAGAUUUCAGUCAAAUAUGUCACAAAGCGCUGGUUGGCAUGAAUAGCCUACUUAAAAAAGCUUUGGAAGAAGCCGGCUUAAAUUCAAAGGAGAAGCUUGCAAAAAUUGAAUCUGUUGUCACAGGUUCAGGCAGUGCUGUUCCUGCAAUCAUUGAUAUACUUACCGAGUUCUUUGGAGAAGCGCCUUUCAUGGAUAGCAAGUUUGCGAACUUUAGUGUUGCUAAGGGCUGUGCCCUACAGUCUGCUCUCCGUGGUAACACAAACCAGAAGACACCCGAUAAAGUUGUUUCGAAGAAAAUGAAAAGUAUGCUGGGGCUUAAGAUUAUUGAUCAAUUCCCGUUCUCGAUUACCGUGUGUUGGCUGCAAAAUCUUCAAAAUGGUGACAACCAUACCCAGCUUUUCAAGGAAGGUGCUUCAUGGCCAUGCACUCAAUCUGUAUCUGUUACGCCUGAUGCAUCUAAGCUCAGCGUAUAUGCAUUUUCUGAGAAAUCAAAAACUCCUACAAAGAUAUGCAGAUGCAAGUUCAAAUGGCCUUCCAACAGUGGUGGAAACACAACUUCAGAGGUCCAGUUCACUAUUGACGACUAUGGGAAACUAUCAGUUGAACCAGUUGAAUUUGCAGAGCUUGAAUUUGAUGGUGAAAUGGGGACCGAAGAUAUGCUCACGACUAAGGAGAAAGAGAGAGAUUUUGCUAAACUGGAGGCAAUAAAGAAUGAUGUCUUGGGUUACAUAACUAGUACUCUUCAAAAGCUAAGUGGCACAAAGUACGAUCAAUAUAUGGAAGUUGAAGAUAAAGUAUCAUUUACAAAGACCUUGGAAGCCACUAAAGAUUCAUUGUCUGGACAGCACGACAUCGAUGACUACGUUGAUAUGCUUGCCAAACUUAAAGGGAUCGGUGAACCUAUGGAGACACGGUACAAUGAGUCUAAAAAGAGACCUCGCCUCAUUGAGGAUUUGAAGAAAUGUUUGGUGUUUGUGGAGUCAAUUGACAACGCCGAGGCUAAACUUCAUUGUUCCAGUAUACAAAAAUGGCUUGAUGAGAAAGAGGAGGAGCAAAAAAACCGGCCCAAGUAUGCUGACCCCGCCCUCUUGACUGCCGACAUUAUGGAGAGGAUCGCUAUACUCGAAAGUUGCAAGCGAUUGAAAUGGAACGAUGCUGUGAGAAUCACUUAUAAUAUUCAGUCAGGUGAUCUGAAUGAUUACAAUGAGUUUAUUGACAAGCUCCGUAAGGUGCUCUCUGAGCACAAUGAUGCUAAGACCAUUAAAGACCGUCCUGUUCUGGAGAAGCAAAGGCCUGGAGCACAGCCAUCAAGAUGGGUGCUAAUCCAUCUCGUACUAGGGGAGGAUUUAGUGUUGAUUCUUGCUGUCAGAGGAGACAAUGUAUAUUUCGUGGGUUUCCAGAAUAAACAUGGGAAGUGGUAUGAGCUAGGUUAUAGCAAGCAGCCGGAUAGCUACAACAUUGGUAGUGUUCAACUCAUCCCAGAUUCAACCUUCUUAGAAGCCGGCACCAGCUAUGCCAACAUGGUGUGUGGCACUAAAUUCGGUGAUCCCAGACCUGACAAUGAAGUGGUAAAAAUAGCCAUGUGCCAACUGAACCUGUCGCCAGAAAAUAUGAAGGAUGAUGCAUCUUUGCUCCUUGACUACCCUGAUGUGCGUUGGCUUACUGACCACACACAUGAUACAUACUUGGCGUCUGUCCUACGUGCGUGUGCUGGAAUUGCACUGAGAUUAUGCGAGCCAACAAGGCUCUUUCAUAAUCAUGAUCACAUGAAUAUCAACUGGGCCCGCCAACAACGGUUUAACUUGAUUGGAAAGUUAGUGGAUUAUAUAUGGAACUGGAAGCAUAUUUCAAAUGGAAUGCAUAGCUGGUCCCGUGAUACGAGCUUUAACUGGUCAGAAAAGAGAUUCUUGGUGGCACUCGGAAUCACUAAUAUAGAGUUAGCUGCCGCUGCUGUAGCGCUUAUUUUAAACCAAGAACAUGCACAAGGAGAAGAACAGAAAAACAGAGGAGGAGAAGAAAAGGAAGAAGUCCCUCCUGGUGAAGGUGACUCUGGAGCGGGAGAUGGCCCUGUUGGUGGUGAUGAAUGCGGAGAGGGCGAAGACUAUUCUGGUGGCGGUGAGUUUGGAAGGGGAGAAGGCUUUUCUGGUGGCGGUGAGUUUGGAAGGGGAGGAGGCUUUUCUGGUGGUGGCAGCGAUGAGGUAGUUGAUGCUGCAGACUCUGGCAGUGGAACCAGUGCUGUAGACCGCAUUUCUGACCAAUUGAUGAAGCAGUAUUACAUCCGACCUUUGGUCGAAAUAUUUUCCAUCAAUGCUGACUCCCCCAUCCUUGGCACUAUUGCUCUGUUCGAUGGAUGUCACAGCCAGUACAUCUAUGGUUAUGAGGACAGGGAAGCAAAUUUGAAGGGUGGCAUGUUGACUUUGACGGGGCCUUUUGAAGCAGCGAUUCCAGCUGAUACAGGUUUCCUUCAAGUUGAUAUCCCCCGGAAAACUGUUGAGGAAAAGGGCGAUGCGGCUCAAUGGGAAUUUGAAUGGGAUGGAAGGGAAAAAAACACGGUGACCAAUCACAGGAUCACGACAAUCCAAGGUCGACACUUGGAUGUGAGCUAUGCGGUGCUAACUCAUGCUGUGGAGGCGAACGUGCAGUUAAAGCUGCAUUUUCCUUGCCCGCAAGAAACAGUAAGGCUGCGUUCAGCAGUAUAUGGUGGUAUCACGGCGAUGAUCAAGAGGUUUAGCCAAGGAGUCAAACUAUUCGACCGCGAGAGGCUUGAUUGGCUCAGGUUUUCCAUGCCUAUUGAGUCAGGCAAUCAGGAAGCAACCUAUUUGACAGUGAGUCUACCGCUUGAUCGCCAUGUACUCGCUGUGUCUGCCAGUGAUGAGGUUCAGGUACUAGGGGAGGUGCAACUAAUAAUUGGAAGUAGCAGCCACACCUUAAUUGUCAAGCAUGAAGUCAGCCUGGAGGGUAAGCACGAGAGCACUGACAGGCUUUCUACUGGCAAUGCACCUUAUACAAGCGUGAGUGUGCAGUUCAGGUGAUAUGGCUGGUCAUCAAACAGUUGCUGUGGUGCAUUUUGUUAUAAAUGCACAGUAGUUGUCUCCGCUGUUGCUUUAAUGUGUAGGUGAGGCAACCUCCUUUUGGUGUGUGCCGUGGGGCCACUGUGUCGCUCUAGCUCCCUAUUGCUGCGGACACGCCUGCUAUGUUUUGGAGAGAAGACAUUCUACCAUGCAUGGUAUAUAUCGUGCAUGUAUCAGCCACUGGUUUUCUUUGAGAUUCGGAUAGCUGCAUGCAUCUGGUCGCUGUGUUUGCUUAGUUAACCUGAAUUGAUGACCACUUGUUCUACUUAAUUUAUGUCAUAUCAAUCGGUCACUAUUUCUCCUGA